UUGCUAAUGUUAACGUUUGCCUAUGAUCUUCUGUUACGGAAAUUGUCAACAUAUUUGCUGUCCUUUGAGUUACAUAUUGUUAGUUUUUGUAAAAGUUGUAAUUCUAAGGUAGGCAGAAGAAAGCCGUCAUUCUAAUGUAGGUAGAAGUAUGGAUAAUGUCAGAAGAAGCACUUUGUUUUUCUGGCAAGGCUAGAAUUAAAUAUUCCCCACUUGCUGACGUAGCUGGCACAGUUAGUAAAUUACUAAAGCAUCUUGCGUUUAACAUCAAGUGUUCUUUGAUGUGAAAGUAUAAAAGGAUACUGGAUUAUGUGUGCCCUGAGAGGUAACAUUCCUAAUCUCCUUACCAUGUUUUCAGAGAUAUUGUCCAAAUGCUUACAUAAGGACAUCGUGCUCUAUCCAACGCCUGGGCCGUCUGCUAUAUAACUUCUUUCUUCUUUUUUUUUUUCUUUCUUUUUUUUUCUUUUUUAACUGCCAAAGCCAAAGUGUCGGGUGGUCUAUGGAUGGAUAAGGAGUGAAAGCAGGAAACAGUUGUCACAACUCACCUGUCAGAAUCAAUUUACUAGUCUUUUGGACUCAGUUGUUUGGAAGGUAAAAUCCAUUUGCAAAUUAUGGCUCAUCGAUUUUCAAAGGAAGAAUUAGAUCAGCAGUUUGAAGAGUUUCUGAAAGAGUCUCUUUCAGAUGAUUCGCUUGGAAAUUCAAAGAAAAAGUCCAGCAUUCUUGAGAGAUUGGGACAGCCCAGGAAAAAAGAGAAGAAGAAAAAGGAUUCAGUGCCGUGGUGGUUAUCUGAGGAAGAUUCGGAUGAUGGUGAUUUUCAAAUAAAAUUUGUUAAAGUGAGAAAAGAGAAGAAACUGACAGAAAGCCAUGCAGAAGCAGUGGAAAAUACUGAACAAAAGAGUCCCAGUUCAGAUUCCCAGUCUGGAGUAGUUCCCUCUAAAUCUUACAGUGCAUCUCACAGCAAGGCUUUGUCUAAAUCCAAAAUGUUGGAAAAAUUUCAUAAGGACAAGAAAGACUCUUACUUAAACAAAGAAGAAGGAACCCUCGCUUCUGACAGUCCAGACAAUUCUGAGGGAAUGCUUGCAGCCAGUGGAAGCUUUGUCAAGAUACAGAACACUUCACAGCCUGUGGGAGAAACUCAUGAAAAUAUGGAUGUUGGAAAGAUGCAGCUUCAGAAAAGUAAUGGAGAUGCUGUCUCUUUGAGUAGAGACAGCCUGGAAACAAAUGAUUCAGUUUUAGCUUCUGGGCCUAAUCAAAGUAUUGUGGGAGUUGGAUUGGAUACCUUGGAAGAACAAGAAGAAAAAGAGAUCUUCUUUGCCAAGCUUGAACGAGAAGCUUCAUCUACUAUUGAUUAUUCAAGAUUAAAUAAAGAGCUGGAUUCCAAUGAUUCUGUCAUACUUGCACCAUUUGUACGAAAUGAAAAUACUGAAAAAGAGGAAGAAGGAUCUGCACAUGAAGAGAAAUCUGGUAGCUACAGUGAAGAUUUUGAAGAAGAAACAGAUACUAAUCCCGCCCUUAAAACCGAGGGAGAUCAGGUGAAUCAAAACAUCAUAUCAGAAGUUGAUUUAAGUCCUCAAGAACAGGAAGAAGCAAACACCGGGAUGCUGGCUAAAGUUGUCUUACUUGAUUCACAAGAUUCUACUGCAGAACUUCAGAAGGCCGUUGAAACAUCGGGUGUAGCUCCGGGCGAACAUGAUCAGCCUGAAGAAGUCAGUGCAGUUGAAAUGAAUGAAGCAGGUACUUCCUAUGGACAAACCACCAGUGACAUGGAAGCGCUACACCAGGCAUAUCAUCACAUUGAUCAGUCUUUGGGGGACACUGACAAGCAGAAACUGCACAGUUCUGCAGUGGCAGUCUCAGAAGGCUUAGGGCAAAGCAUUUCACAGAAUAAUGACAUCUAUGCAAAAAACAUGUCAACUGUUGAUUCAGAUUUACCUACUGUGGAAGAAUUGAUGAAAACAAUUAAAGGACAUUUAUGUAAUAUCAGAAAUUUUGAUGUGGACUCUGAAAGUCCUGUGAAACUGGUAGGCAGCACAGAAAAUGACCUCAUUAGCCACUCGCCCUUUGAAGACCCCCAGAGUAAUACAGUUUGGGAGAAAAACUCAGUUGAAAAGUUUACCAGAGAAGAAAGCAUCUUUCUACAGACAAGUGUGAAUGAUGAUAACUUUCAGAGGAUCACUGAGAAAGAAAUUCAGACCAGUGAAGUACAGCCUGAUAUACUAAGAGAAAAAAUAGGACAAGACUCUCUGCUUUCACAAGGAAGCAAAACUAAAAGAGCUCUUCGGUUUUGUUCCUUGAAGAAUGAAAGAUCAGAAUCAAUGACAAACAAACCAGUGUCAUACAAGAAUAUCAGAAGUCCAGCACCCUUACAUAAAAAGAAACCUUCACAUGGUACUCAUGGACUGGUUAGAAGUUCUGGCUAUGGGAAACCCAGUUUACUUUCAAAGCAGUCUUUUCCAGUUAGUGAAAAGAGAACAUCAAAAGAAACUUUCAAAAAGACCUGUCUGAAAGCCAAAAGUCCUGCAGAUAGAGCAAAAUCUAAAGAAGCCUUAUUUGCUACUAGGAUAAUAAGAUCUGCAACAAAUGAACCAACUUUGGAGGGGAGUAUUAACAGAGUUUUGUCUGGCCAAUCAGUUGUUAGUAAUCUUCGACACCAGGCUGUGGAUUACAACAGGCAAUAUCAUGACUUACCAUUUUCCCCUAUCAAAAGUCGUGAUAGGGAGCUAUAUUUGUUAAAACGAGUACAAGCAGCAGAGGAGGACCUGAACACAGCUCGGGAUUUGAUUCAGCAGCUGGCCAGCAAGCUUUCACAAGAAGAGAAGGAGAUGGAGGCAAAGGUAGUAGAACUGAAAACGCAGCAUGAAAAGGAGCUUUCUCGUCUGGGUCAGGAAAACUAUGUUCUUCAGAGUAAGCUAAGAAAUAUGGAAGAGAUGGCCAAAGAAAAGAGGUGGACCUACCAUGCAGCAACAGUUCCUGUAAGUGAGGAAAAACUGGCACAAAUACAAGAAGAAAUUGAAGAUCAAGAGGUCAUUAUUCAAGGUUAUCAACAGGAAAAUGAGAGGUUAUACAAACAAAUGAAAGAGCUACAAAUCCAAAACAAAAAAAACGAGGAACGAAUGUUUAAGGAGAAUCAGUGCUUAAAGUCUGAAUUAAUAAACUUAAGAGAAAAAAUAGAGAAGACUAAUAACCAGUCACGAAUCAUGCAGGAUUCUGAACCAGCCAGAAAUCAGAGUUUCACAGAACUGAUUUCAGAGCUUCGAGCAGCACAGAAAGAAGAAGCUAAAUUACUAGAAGAGAUAAGACGUCUCAAACAAGAUAAGCAAGCUCUUGAGGUAGACUUGGUACAAGCCAAGAAAGAGAGAGAUUUAGCAAAAGUCCAGAUUGCGUCUGCAUCAAGUGAGAAGUCUUAUGAAUUUAAAGUUAUGGAAGAAUCAUACAAACAGGAAAUUACUCAUUUAAAAAAAAGACUUCAGUGGUAUGCAGAAAAUCAAGUUCUUCUGGAUAAAGAUGCAGCCCGUCUUAAAGAUGCAAGAGAAGAAAUUGAGAAACUAAGACUAGAGGUUGAGAAGCUCAGAGCUGAAGCAGGAGAUCAGCGUGUGCAACAGAAAAAACGUCUGCGAGACAGAGCAGCAGAUGCUAAAAGAAUUCAGGAUCUUGAGCGACAAAUUAGAGAAAUGGAAGGAAUUCUAAAAAGAAGGUAUCCAAAUUCUUUGCCUGCUUUGAUUUAUGCUGCUGCUGCUGCUGAGAAAACUAAUGAUCUUUCAGCUAAAAAAAACACAGUUGAAUUUUUGGAGAGAAGAAUAAAGAAAUUAGAAACAGAACUUGAAGGUAAAGAUGAUGAAGCUAAGAAAAGCCUCCGUGCCAUGGAACAACAAUUUCAAAAAAUAAAGAUACAGUAUGAGCAAAGACUUGCAGAGCUCGAGCAACUCCUUGCCUAUGAAUUUAUGAAUGAAGCACCAAAACUGAAUGGUGAUAAAGCCAGUUCUACAGAACUUGAACAGGAGCUUCAGAAUCUAAAGAAGACCCAUGAGAUCACUGUUGGAAACCUCCAGACAGAAAUUGAAAAUCUUAAAAGUCAAAAUUCCCAAUUAAAACUCAGAAGUAAAAAUGAUAAUAAAGACUUAGAGUCCAUGGACUCUAAGAUGAAACAAGGUAGCACAAAAGACAGGUUGUUAAAACUAAAUGAAGAACUGGUCACUAAAAAUAGAGAAAUACAAGACCUUACAAAAACUGUAGAGAAACUUCAAAAAGAAAGGAUGGUGAUGUUGUCUGAUAAUAAUUUGAGAAAUAACACAAACACUAAUGGAAACUCUGCAGAGGUCUUGAAAAAGAAUACCUCAGCAACAGAUAGAAGGAAUUCCAACAACACUGAACCCUGUCUAAGCAUGUUUGAUGAUGACAAAAUACAUCAACUACGUAUUUUUUCUGAUUCUCAUCUCUCGGAAGUUCUGCAAGAAAAUGCACAUCUGAAAGAGGAGCUAGAGAGGUUGUCUCUAGAAAUGGGCCAGCAGCGAGUGGAGUCUCAAGCAGCACUGGCUUAUUCUGAAAAUAACAUACGAAGGAUGCAGGAAGACACAGCAGAAUACAUUGCAUCUCUGAAAGCUUCCCACCAGAGGGAAGUCGAGAAGAUUGUUUGCCAGCAUGCAAAGGAGCAUUCUACUUCUAAAGUAGCUGAACUAAAGAACAGAAUUUCAACACAGGAGAUAUUAAUAAAACAUCUUCAAGAACAACUUGGUGAACAAGAGAGACGUCAAGAAGCUCUUUUAGUAUCACAGAUAAGAGAGCAACUUCUACAAAAAGAGGUGACAAAAUUGUUGGAAGAACUGAGAGAGGCUAGGGAGAGCCAGAGUCCUGAAAUGAAACAUUUCUUGUGCCUGGAAAAGAAAAUCAAGCAUAUAGAGAGCAGACAUGCAGAAAGAGAGCAUGAAAUUCAAAAGGCAGCCCAGCUAACACAGCACAUUACUGAAGCAAGGCAAGCCCAGGAGGUUGAGAAGUGGCGGAGGCUGGCACAGCAGAAGAAUCAGGAACUGGAGAAAUUUCGAAUGGAAUUGGAUUCAAUAUUAGAUGUUUUACGUGAACUGCAGAAACAAGGGGUUGUUAUUCCUGCACCUGAUUCCAGUGGUUUCAGAGUGACAGACAGCUGUUGGAAGACAUGAUUAGGUAGUAGUUAAGUAGAGAAGCAGAAUUUUAAUACUCAAAGUUACGUACAGAAAAUGUUAUUGAAAAUCAUUAUUGUAAUGCACAUAAAUUGCACUGCAUUCUGAUCUUCUCUGGAAUCUGUCAUGUCCAGAGGCAGAUUUGCAUUGAGCAAUACUCUAGUCAUACUCUGUGUCUUCUAUUUUAUUAGUAAUAAAUUUACAUAUUUUUUUAUAAUGGUUUAAAAUAUUGAGGUUAUUCCAGAAAUUCAACUAUCAUUGAAAAAUUCCCUUUUUCACAUACUGUAGAACAUGCCUGAAUAUUUUUAACUUUGGUUUCUAACUUGUCUUAUAGUGAUUCCUUUGUGAAAAAUUUGAGUAAUAAGCUGUUUGGUUUGUAUGUUUAGUGUAUGGCAUUAAUGUAUUUCAUUCCAUAGGGCAGGAAAAUCAUCUUUUUUUGAUUUUGCUUCUCUCCCUCCAAUUCAUAUAAUAUUCCCUCCCUUAUCUUUAAGACCCCUUCCAACUUAGUGAAUGAUUGGAGGGCUGGAGGAGAGCAGGCAUUCCCUGGUGGUGCUCAAAUUCAAGCUGUACUUUGGUUACUUUUCAGAUAAUCCCAACUGUGCUGGUAAGACUGAUGGCAGAGUGGGUCUAGCUGAAUUUGUACAGGGCAGAUACAGAAAAAGGCUAUACAACACAGUGUGAGAGUAGUUAUUGGUGUCCCUUUUAAAAAGGAAGGCUGCACUGAUAAGGUUGUCACAAUGGGCUGUUCAGGACUGACAUAGUAAGAACCUCUCUAGGUGAUCUUGACAGACAGAGAGACCAGUCAAAUGUGAAGACAUUGUGUUAAAGCUCAGGCUUCAGGGGUGUGUAGAUGGGGAAAUUUAGAGUUAAAAUAUUGAGCAAGUUAGGAAAGGGGCCAGGAAACAAAACAAAACAAAAAAACAAACCAAAAACCAGACCAAAAAAAAUCCCUGUACUACCAUCCUCAGGAGUGACAAAGGAAACUAGUUUGCUUAAGCAGGAAUAAUCCACUACCCAAAUACCAAACGUGGAGGUAACAUUCUGCUGAACUGACAGGCCUCAGGGCAGGUAACACACUGAAUGUUAGAGGCUGUUGCCUUCUGCCUCUCCUCAGGCCCUGCCAGAGUUACACACCUGUGCUGGAGAGCAGGUACACAGGAGCAAUUCCUACUGUGUCACAAAUGUGUACCUCGGCGUGCUACGCUUUUGGUCUCUUCUUUCAAGAAAGAGAUAGACCCAGUGGAGGGAAAGAAGAAUCAUCACUCCAGGAAAUGCAGCCCUUGGAACUGCUGAAGCCAUAGAAACUGCACUGCCCCAGAGAGGAGACAUGGGGGGAUGGUGAGCAUGGCUAUUACACUUAACAUAUCUGAAAAACUUGCUGCUAAAAGCAAGAAGCAGCAAUUAAAAAUAAAGAAAAUUCAAAAAAGGUGAUGAUAGCUAUUCCAUGGUUGGAAGGAAUGCUUUCCCAACAAAUCAGUACAUUAUUAGUUUGAAGUUUCAGUGGCUGCAAGUCCUUAAGAAUUCUGUAGCACAUAUACUGAGGUUGUAUCUCAAUCAACUAUACUUGUUUAGGGCAAAGAGAAGAUAAAAGCUAGAAUGUACUACUUAGGUCCCUGAGGACCUGUAGUAUUGGUUGAGCCUAGCAUUUAAAUCAGAUGUGAAAUAGUUCAGGGCUGUGCAUGUGUGUUUAUGUAUCAUGUUCUUCAGGGACCAGCAGUAAACAUGCAUUUUCUCUCAUACAAGCAUGUGGCUGAACAUGCAUAAAAAACAAAAGAGUAUAACAAGUUAGACCAUAUAGACAUAGACAGUGCUUAAGUGCAAGGGUUUUUCUUUUUGGCAUAUACACAAACAUAAAAUGAGCCUGUAUACAGAUAUAUAUAGACAUUAAAAAAGGAAGGUGGGUUGCCAGUUAGUAUGGUAAUCUUGGUUGUCUCAUGUUCAGAUAUUUUCAGUAUUUCUAUUUUGUUCCCAUCUAAGAAAGUAUUAGUCCAUAUUCAUAAAAUGUGUAAAUAUGAAACUGCUUUGUAUAUAAAAUAUCAGUUAUAUGUAAAUAUGGUGCAUUUUCUUGAUUUGGUUCUGUUUUGCAAAUGAAAAGGAUAAAAAUUGUAUCAUUUCAACUUAUUUAUUUCCUGUACAAUUUGCUGUAUGUGUGACACUGUAUUAAAAUGUGUGACCUGAA